UAAAUUCCUGUGACACUUUUCAAUGGUGCUAUGAUCUAUGAUCUGAUGAUAAUGGAAUCACUCAAUCACUGAAUCAGUAGUCUGAUACCUUAAUCAUGCAGACAACGCUUUGGUAUGACAAUUACCAAGGAGCGGUGUAUCCUUUAGAUCUACAUGCUGCUCCAGCGAUCGGUCGUUUCCAGAAAUCGACGCCUUCUCUGGUUGAAACAUGCUGCAAAUUCAUUGUGCGAGACUCAAACUUUACUUCAUACAUUGUUAACAUUGUUCCAAAGGAGCUUCGAGUGUGUUUGAUGAAAGAAGCUUUAAAGGAGAACAAAGACAGAGCCAUUGAAGUUUUGUUAUCCAACUGGCACAUGGAAGCGCUGGUUUUGAGAGAGCUUACUCCAAAUAUAUUCACGUCGCUAAAACCUUUGCAUGACACCUAUUACCUCUCUGAUAUUGUAAGACAAGGACUGCGGUAUACAACAUGUCUGGCCCACACUUUUCUAGAAUGUGUGAAGAAGAAGAUGCCAACUAGGUUGCGCUAUCUUGAUUUGUCUGGAUUUCCAACAGCUGAAGUCAUCUUGUACUACCUCGCCACACACUGUAUGCUUGCCCACAAUGAGGCCCGACAGACCGCCAUGGUCAACAUGUACAACACUGCCAUCCAGUACCUCCCAACCAACAGGACGUCCAUGCAUGCCGAUAACUGUCUGCCAGAGUCCGUGUUGGUGAUUAAACUCGAUGCAUUUGUGACAUCAGACCAGACUCAUGCUGAGUUGUGUAAAGCUUUGAAGGUGUCAGGAUUUCCUGAGAGUAAACUGAGACUGUGCAUUGAGAAAUUGGAUGCCACAUGCCUUGGAGAACCCAAGAUUACAAUAAUGUUGAAACAAAUAGACAGAAGGUCUUUAAAAGGAAUUAGACUCAAGUACAACUCAUUAACUUGUGAUGAAUUCAUCAAGAUGGAACCAGAACUAAGAAGAUUUGAGAAUCUCACUGCCUUAGACCUGUCAUGUAACACCAUCCAUCUUUAUCAAAAUGACACUGUCUGUGAAAGAAUGUCAGAAACUCUAUCCCUACUUCCACAACUUACAAGGCUUGAUCUAAGCAACAAUCGCAUCAAAAACAGGCUGCGGCACAUACUACAGAACAUGAACCAAUCGCUGAGGUACUUGAGACUCUGUGGAUGCGGUCUGACCAAUCUAGAUUUGACCUAUCUUGCCCAUUCCCAUCAUGCCCCAGCACUCCAGGAAGUGGAUAUCAGCGAGAACACUUUGACGGCUUGUACUAGAAGUCUUGGUCAGUUUUUCUGUGAAGCUGGCUCUAGUCUGUGUGUGUUUGAAGCAGAAGAUACAAAACUGACUGAUGAGGUCUUGCUGAACCUUGUCCAUCAUUUACAAAGCCUAAAAAACUUGUUGUACAUGAAUAUUGCAGAAAAUAACUUCAGCGCCAAUACUCUUCAGUGUUUUAUGCAGGUUUUUGCAUCACUACCUGCAGUGACUACUGUGCGCAUUCCAUAUUGUAGGGAAUGCUAUCGGUUGGAUGAAACAAUCACAGACGAUAUGAUUAGCAUGAGGAAAAUGCAGUCUAUCGUGGACCUUUAUGCUGUGACUGAUCAAGUCAGGGGCGAACACAAGGAAAGAUUAAAAAUUGUUGCCACUGAAAUGUCAAGAAUUGAUAUGGAACAUAUAUAAUGUAUUUAUUAUAGAUAUUUAUUACUGUAAUUAAAAUCUGAUUUUUCUUUUAAAUGAUCAAAAUAAAAAAAAAACAAAGUACCAGUA